GUCCGUCUCCUCUCACUCCGCUUCCCUUCCUUCUCCCCCACCCGUUCAACCUAUCACAUCCUCCUCGUCCACUCCUGCCUCCAGCCCACCAUCGGCGACAUCUCCCCCAUUCUCACUUUCCUCGACCUCAUGUCCUCCUCCGGUUUCCCCCCGGACUCAUCCUCCGCCGAUCUCGCCAUUCGCGCACUCUGCUCCGCUUCCCGCGAGGACGACGCCGCUAAUCUCCUCCUCCGCAAUUCCUCCCUCCAUCCCGAUCCCUUCACUUACAACUUCCUCGUCGGCCGCCUCGCUAAAACCCUCUCCCUCUCCGUUGUCUACUCGUUCAUCGAAGACCUCCGCAAUUCCGCCAAUAUUCUCCCUGAUCGCAUCACCUACACUAUCCUCAUCGAUUCAGUCUGCCGUAGCCGCAACCUCCGGGAAGCCACGCGCCUGCUCAGCGUUCUGAAGCAUUCCGGCAUCAAGCCGGAUUCCUAUCUUUACAACAACAUCAUGAAAGCUUACUGCAUGUUGGACCAGUGCGGGGAGGUGAUGGACGUCUACAACAAAAUGAAGGAUGAAGGAAUCGAGCCGGAUCUCGUCACAUAUAACACGUUAAUCUAUGGAUUAUCUAACGGAAUGUGUAGGAAAGGAGACACUUUGGGGGCUUUAAAAUUGCUUGGGGAGAUGGAGGAGAGGGGUUGCAGCCCUAAUGAGUUUACCUACAAUGCUCUGCUUAUGGGGCUCUGCAAGGCUGGGAGCCUAGAUAAGGGUGUUCUGUUGUACAAAACAAUGACUGAUGGGGGAAUGAAGCUGGAGAGUCCCACUUAUGCGACUUUUUUGAGGUCUCUGUGUAGGGGGAAUAAGAUUGCAGCAGCCUAUGAGGUGUUUGAUUAUGCGAGGGAGAGCAAGAGUUUGAGUGAUGAAGCUGCUUAUUCAGCAUUGGAAAGUUCACUAAAGAGAAUAAAGUAGUUUCAGGCAUGGCAAAGGUAAGUUACGGUUUUGAAACGUUGGUUGGUUUAAAAAAUUGAAUUUUUAGGGGCACUUAUAUGCACAACUCACAACUCUUAUGCAUUUACAUAUUUCACACCUAAACUUUCAUAU